AUGUCCGACAAGGGCAGCUUCGUGGCCACGCCCGCCGAGGGCGGCGAGAAGCCUCACUCCAUCACCGAGAGCAAGGACGUCGCCGGCGAUAACUUCGCCGCCACCUUCCAGGACGAAGAUAAAUGGACGCGCAACGGCCUCAACCUCAAGUCCUUCCAGAAGCGCCACUAUGGCCGCGGCAUCGUCGAGCUGGACCGCGCCAUCAAGACGCGCCAUCUGCACAUGAUUGCCAUCGGCGGCUCCAUCGGCGCCGGCUUCUUCGUCGGCUCCGGUAGUGCCCUGAGCAAGGGUGGCCCUGCCUCUAUUCUCAUCUGCUUCAGUAUCGUCGGAUUCAUGGUUUUCAAUGUUGUCUUUGCCCUCGGCGAGCUUGCCGUCAUGUAUCCCAUUUCUGGCGGCUUCUACACCUACGUCACCCGCUUCAUCGACCCCUCUAUCGGUUUUGCCAUCGGCUGGAAUUACUUCUUCCUCUGGAGUGUCGUCCUCCCGCUCGAGCUUACCGUGUGUUCCCUCGUGAUACAGUACUGGGACAAUCAGACGAGCGUCGCUGUUUGGAUCACCAUCUUCCUCGUCGCCGUCAUUGUCGUCAACGUCUUCGGCAGCCUCGGCUUCGCCGAGGAGGAGUUCUGGGCUUCCUCCAUCAAGCUUACCGCCAUCCUCAUCUUCAUGUUCAUCUCUCUCAUCCUCGUCCUUGGUGGCGGGCCCGAGAACGGCGAGUACAACAAAUACUUGGGCGCCGGCUACUGGUAUGAUUCCGGCGCCUUCCGGAACGGAAUGCGUGGCUUCUGCUCCGUCUUCGUCACCGCCGCCUUCUCCCUCACGGGCACCGAGCUCGUCGGUCUCGCCGCCGCCGAGACGAAAAACCCGGUCCGCUCCGUCCCCGGCGCCAUCAAGAUGGUCUUUUGGCGAAUCGUCGUCUUCUACAUCCUAGGCCUCUUCUUCGUCGGCCUCUUGAUCCGCGGCGACGACGAGCGUCUGCUGUCCAGCGAGGCCUAUGCCGACGUCAAGGCCUCGCCCUGGGUUCUUAUCGGCCUCCACUCUAAACUUGUAGGGUUGGAUCACUUCAUGAACGCCAUCAUUCUCGUUUCCGUUCUCUCCAUCGGUUGCUCUGCCGUCUACGGCGGCUCUCGUACCCUCACCGCCCUCGCCCAGCAGGGAUACGCUCCCAAGAUCUUUACCUACAUCGAUCGAUCCGGCCGGCCGCUGCCCUCGGUCAUCCUCCUGAUCCUUACCGGACCCCUCGCCUACAUUAACCUCAGUGCCUCCGGACCCGUUGUCUUCGAAUGGUUGCAGGCCAUCUCCGGCCUCGCCAUCCUCUUCUCUUGGGGUGCCAUCUGCCUGGCCCACAUUCGCUUCCGCAGUGCGUGGGCGUAUAGGGGCCACACGGUCGACGAGAUCCCCUUCCGUGCCAUCUUCGGCGUCUGGGGUUCCUGGAUCGGUCUCGUCCUUUCCGUCAUCGUUCUCAUCUCGCAGACCUAUACUGCUCUUUGCCCGGUCAACACGGAUGGCUUCAACACCGUCGAGGGCUUCUUCAAAUCGUACCUUGCGUUUCCCGUCGUCAUCAUCUUCUGGAUCAUCGGCUUCGCGUGGAAGCGUUCUGGUUGGCUCCGCGUGGACCAGAUUGAUGUGGACUCGGGCCGCCGCGAGUUGGAUUGGGAUGAAGUGCGGUCGUACCAGGCAUGGGUCAAGGGCCUUCCAGUGUGGCGACGAACGAUUCACAAACUCAUUUUUUAG